CCCCCUACUCUUAACUCACGGGGCGGAGUCAUCACAGGUUCUACAUUCACCAUCUGCUUUUCCUAGAACUGUAUUUUGUUGCGCAUGUAACCUGAACCUUUUUAGAUGCCAAGUAUCACAAACUGAGCACAGUGCACAGCAAAACACAAGAAAAAUAAUACAACAUGGUUUCAAAAAAGAUUAGAACUGAGUAUAUGAAGAAAUUUAAAGACCCCAAAUGGGAUACUUAUUCCAAGUGCUAUGAAGACAUGCUAAAAUACAGGUUGACCAGAAGGCUUUUGGAACAGGCACAUAACCCUUGGAUGUGGGAGGGUUGGGAGAACAGCUCGGACUCCAGUGGCAAAUCUACUCCUCAGAAUGGAAAAAAGGUAGAACCCUUAAAAGAGGAAGCCACAAAGGAAACCGAGAACAAACUGACAGAAUUGCCAGAAACUGAAACCACUCCAAAAGAAAUGCUUGAAUCUAAAAUCUCUAAUGGAAAAGAAAGAGAUGAAUUGCACCAAGAGGAUAACGCUUCAGAGAUAUCACAUGCAACAGGGAAAGUGACAAUAAUUGAGGGCCAGGCAAAGGAUGAAGACAGAAAGUCAGCAGAGAUGAAAAAAAAGGAGAGAUCCCCUGGUACCUCCCAAGAGCAGGCCCGAAGCGGCAGCGUGUCAGCAUGCACUCGCACCGUUCACAAAUCCACUAAAAGCAAGAGCCAGCAGCCUGACCCUCCAGAGACGGGCAAAGAAAACAAGCACCCGUUUGCACUGUAUGGUUGGGCAGAGAAAACGUGUGAGACGGGCCACAAGAAAACCCACAACGUCUGCCCUUCAGCUUCCACAAAGGAGAUCCAUGCAUCUGCAUUGCGAGCCAAGACCAGGCGUGAGAUAGAGAAGAGAAUGAAAACAUUAGAGAGAAGACGGGCUCGGUCAGCUGAACUGGAGCAGGCACAAAGAGCCAAGCCUCCCCCAGCAGAUAACCCAUGGAUGACAGAAUACAUGAGGUGCUUUUCUGCAAGGACUCGGUAAAAUGAGUAAGCAAGUUAACUCCAGAAGUGCCCUGUACACAAACAGGGACUGAACUGUAAGGCUUCGGUUACAGGUUCGUUUAAGGGGGCGGUCUAAUGUACAGACCCUAUUUAACUGACCUGAAUUCUGCUUCCUAUUCAUGUUCACUUUUCCAGAUUUUGGUAUUGCCUUGAAAACCAAAUCACUUCUGUUUAUGCCUUCAGAAUUUACAUACAGUGCCUUGCGAAAGUAUUCGGCCCCCUUGAACUUUGCGACCUUUUGCCAUAUUUCAGGCUUAAAGAUAUGAAACUGUAAUUUUUUGUGAAGAAUCAACAACAA